AUGCCGAACAAGCGCGUCAAAAGAAAUAACCGGACGUCACAGAAGCUGCCUUCUCCGCCUCGAUCCGAACAAGACGCUGGCGUUGCAGAUGACGCUCAUGGCGUGGAACAGCCUGCGUCAGACGGAGGGAGAACAAAAGAAUAUCAGACUCAAGACCAUGAGUCAGUGAAGUCGGAUAUUGCGGACGAGGACGAGAUGCCUGAGGAGACAAUAAGCGUUGGCGACCAACAAGCCAUGCACGGUGCGGAGUACGCAGGCGGAAGAGGCGCGGGCUAUAACGCGCUCAAGUCAUUCAACGGUCAGGUGUAUUCUGGAAUGGCAGUCGGUGGCUCGCACACCUGGAAGUACGAUGAAGGAACAUGGAAGGAGACGAAGGAGGAGCCAGACCUCUGGCGCAUCGAUUAUCAGACGAACAAGCGACGGGCAAAGAAAGCGCCCGAGGGCAGCGGUGCUCCUGUGGGGACAGAGUAUCACUGGUUAAUUGUGGGCCAUCAGCAGCACGUCAAGAAAAUCGAUGCGAACACCUACGAGACCCAUCUGACCGGCUCGAAGUAUAAGCUCGCGUACAAGUCUGCCUCGUCCGGCUCGUGGUCGGUUCCGACCGUGAGGAAACAGCGGGAAAGAGAGGUCGAGCUGCUGGAAGAUGCGAUACAUCGCGUCCAGGGACUGCCUCCGGUGCUGGCGUCGGAGAAAGUCAAGGUUGAGAAGCAUGAGAAGGGCCAGACGAAGCUCGACAAUAUGUUCGGCAAGGUAGGGACGAAGCGAAAGGCAUCUUAG